AUGAGCGACUGGUGGGACGACUUCUCAAACAACCUUGCGACCGAUCUCGGCCCUCUCAUCGCUCUCUUUGGUGAGACGCCAACGAAGCAGUAUCUUAGCGAGUGUCUGGACUCAUACGACAUCACUAUCUUUGCCUCAUGCCCUCUUGGGAUUAUUACGGCCGUUGUAUCGGCUAUCCGUGUCUGUGGCUCGCCGUCUCUUCGAGCGUUCAUCGGGCGAGCACAAGAAGGCGGAGGAAGCGCCGAAGCUGAGCUUUGUUCAUCUACAAGUCGCGACGUCUGUGAGCUGUACAACAACGGUGGUAUAGCCCGUGUGUUUGGUCGACCAAAACUUCUCGAAUUCGUUCACGUCACUACGCCGUCUCCAGGUCAUUUUGUUCCAAAGAAAGAAGGAGACAAAGGACCAACUGCAGGGAUUCAUACCUCCAAAGAAUACUUCAACAACCUAAGUGAAGGCGAUGAGUGGAGCAACUCUGGAAGCACCAAGGCAUCAGAUCAAGAGAACCAAAAAUCAGAGACAGAGGCAAAUUUCGCUCCUAAUCCGAACCUCUCUCUCAAUGUAGGGAUUAAACCUCGAAACCGAGUGUUUUUUAUUCUUGCUGCAGCCUUGGGGGUAGUUUUGCAGUGUGCUAUAUUACUCUGGGCUGUGAUCGCGCGAUACACCCUUCACUGGCUAAGGAAAGGCUUAGAAGAUUACUACGCUGUCCCAAUGACAUUGGCUGGAACUCUAUUACUCUGUACUGGGAUGGCCUUAUGUGCCUUUCUUAUUGAGAAAAGCACGGGUGAGAGAGUUUUUACCAGAACGCCGGCUCGAGCUGAGGAUCGAAAAACGGCAAUCUACUGGGUACAGCCAGGAAAUCAACACGUCGGUGAUCAAGUCUUUGAUUCAUUUGCAUACACCGGCAAUAUCGACCGCUAUACAACUUCUUGGAAGAAGAACAAUAACACUAGUAGGGUUCUUGUCUGGAUCUUAGUGUCAAUCACAAUGGUUGGAUUUAUACUGCAGUUCCUCGGUCUAAGAGCUUGUCACUCAUCUGUUGCAGUAGCGCAAUUGGGUGCCACACUCUUGAUGAGCCUUAUUCGAGCAGUCCUUCGUACGGAACGGUUAAAGAAAGAUGAAAAUCAUUUCGACACCAACUCAGACCAGCCAGACACUUACGAGGGCCAUGAGCUGGACCAGCUCGCUUUGUGGCUGAAAGGACACAAUAUGAAUCCUAGCAAUCAGAGAGAUUCCUUGGAGUGGGCCCGACUUGGAGAGUUGACUAGACUCAGCUUAGACCAGGCUCAAGGAAGUAGUGCUUAG